CUGGGGUGCGGAGAACCGAAAUGUGUGUCAUAGAAUAGAACUGAAACGGACCCACUGUUGACGGUCGACAAUCGUGCUUUGGUUCGUCCUUGAUGUGAAACAUUUACUUUUAAAUCUUAACUUUAAUAUAGAUUCAUAUCAUUCGUUUGGUCGGAAUAUCAGCAAUCCGAAGCGUCAACGCGAAAGAAUUCUGAGGUGGUUCGACACCCAGCAGCACAGCCCUAGAGAGCAAGAAGACGCAGCGCAGAUUGAGAAGAAUAAAUGAGUUCACACUCUUUCUCUUUUUUUCUCUCAUUUUUCCACUCUCUCCUCCGAGCAGCAGGCAGAGACACUCUCACAGCCCAUCUGUUACAGCGCCACCAGCCAAGGCUGUUUCAUAAGACGUCGUUUUCCUUUGUCCCUAAGAUUACCACAGAGUAAUACUUGUUUACGUGACUGGACUUUCGAAGAUACGCGUUAAGUGUUGGAGCUGGAGUUUUUUUGUUCUCACUCGCUCUUUCCACACCUCCGUUUCUCAACCCAGAAGGCGGGUUUGCAUAAGUAGCACCUUGUCUGUUUUCGGAGCUGUUCUCCCAGGGGAAACCAUGGUCUUCUCUCCUAAGUGUUAACCAACCAACAUCAACCAUGAUUCACAUGUGCUGUCAUAGUAGUCCAACCUAAAAGCUGGAAAAAGACACGCACGCACAAAAGUUUCUCCAUUAUUUUCACUUGGCUGAGAGCGCGCGUCUCAACCAAGCUUUACCAGCCUCGUCCUAAACUAGCAUGAGUUAUGACAACUCAAACUCCGCCCCAGGAAGUGACAGUCGGGGGCGGCUGUGCAGGUCAGAGGAAGUGGAGGAGCGGGAGGCGGGACCAGGAGGCAACCCCCUGAACAACAACGGCGACGCGUCCGCUUCGGAGGGAACCAACCGGGAGCGAGGAUCGUCGCCCGGCUCUGGGGGGUCCUCCGGCGGGGACCCGAGGGGCCCAAACUCGGACGACACGGACGGGCUGUCGAGCGGGAACGACUCCCGGGGGCGCCCGUCCACCCGGAGCUCCCACGGCUCCUCCAAUGGCAAGGACUCGGCCAUGCUGCUGGAGACCACAGACAGCAACAAGAGCUCCGCCUCCCAGAUCCCCUCCCCCCCCAGCAGCUCGCUGGCGUACAGCCUGCUGAGCGGCAGCUCCGAGCAGGACCCCCCCUCCACCUCCGGCUGCAGCAGCGACCAGUCGGCGCGCGUCCGCACCCAGAAGGAGCUGAUGAAGGCCCUGAGGGAGCUGAAGAUCCGCCUGCCGGCCGAGCGCCGCGGCAAGGGCCACUCGAGCACGCUGGAGGCCCUGAAGUACGCCCUCAACUGCGUCAAACAAGUCCGAGCCAACCAGGAGUACUACCACCAGUGGAGCGUGGAGGAGUGUCACGACUGCAGCCUGGACCUGUCCACCUUCACCAUUGAGGAGCUGGACAACAUCACCUCCGAGUACACACUCAAAAACACUGACACGUUCUCCAUGGCGGUGUCGUUCCUGUCGGGGAAGGUGGUGUACAUCUCCCCGCAGGGCUCGUCCCUGCUGCGCUGCAAGCCAGAGCGGCUCCAGAGCACCAUCUUCUCGGAGCUGCUGGCCCCCCAGGACGUGUCCACCUUCUACAGCAGCACGGCCCCCUGUCGCCUGCCCGCCUGGGCCGCCUGCAUCGGCUCCGUGUCCCCCUCGGUGGACUGCACCCAGGAGAAGUCCAUGUUCUGCCGGAUCAGUGCCGACCGGGCGCACGGCGGCGAGAUGCGCUACUACCCUUUCCGGCUCACGCCCUACCAGCUGACCCUGAGGGACUCGGACUCCUCCGAGCCCCAGCCCUGCUGCCUGCUCAUCGCCGAGAGGGUCCACUCUGGAUACGAGGCUCCCCGCAUCCCCACAGACAAGAGGAUCUUCACCACCAGUCACACUCCCAGCUGUCUGUUCCAGGAGGUGGAUGAGAGGGCGGUGCCUCUGCUGGGCUACCUGCCCCAGGACCUGGUGGGGACCCCAGUCCUGCUUUACCUGCACCCAGAGGACAGGCCCAUCAUGGUGGCCAUCCACAAAAAGAUCCUCCAGUUUGCAGGCCAGCCGUUCGACCACGCUCCCCUGAGGAUGUGCGCCCGCAGCGGGGAGUACCUGACCAUCGACACUUCCUGGUCGUCCUUCGUCAACCCCUGGAGCAGGAAGGUGGCCUUCAUCGUGGGCCGUCACAAAGUCAGGACGAGCCCCCUGAACGAGGACGUGUUCACCCCACCGCGCGGCUGCGACCCGCGGGCCGUCACCCCGGAGGUGGUGCAGCUGAGCGAGCAGAUCCACCGGCUGCUGGUGCAGCCCGUGCACAGCGGCAGCUCCCAGGGCUACAGCUCCCUGGGCUCCAGCGCCUCCCGGGGCUCCCGCUCUCACGAGCGCCCGCACCUCAGCGCCGCCUCCUCCAGCGACAGCAACGGCCCCGCCGACGCCAAGGUUGCCGCGGUCGCCGCGCACAACCCCAUGACGUUUCAGCAGAUCUGCAAGGACGUGCACAUGGUCAAGACCAACGGGCAGCAGGUCUUCAUCGAGUCCCGCAACCGAGCGCCGCUACGAAAGCACGCCGCCACAGGAGCGGUCGGCGGUCUCAGAGCCAUCGGGGGCACUGACCCCAUCAAGGACCUGAUAGCAGAUGUAGCUGGGCUUCCCAAGAACCCCCCCCCCACCGAGCAGGUCCAGAAAGAGCCACCCAGCAACUACUCCUACCAGCAGAUCAACUGUCUGGACAGCAUCAUAAGGUACCUAGACAGCUGCAACGUUCCCAACACGGUCAAGAGGAAGUGCGGCUCUUCCUCCUGCACCGCCUCGUCCACGUCGGACGACGACAAGAAGCAGGAGACGUCCAGCACCGCCAAAGGUCCGGCUGUCUCCUUGGUAGGGGACUCGGCUCCGAUGCCGCCCCUGGCCAUGCACAGUAAGGCCGCGAGCGUAGCGUCAGUCACCUCCCAGUGUAGCUUCAGCAGCACCAUCGUCCACGUGGGAGACAAGAAGCCCCCCGAGUCAGACAUCGUCAUGGAGGAAGCCCCGCCCACUCCGACGCCAGCCCCUUCCCCCGCCGCCGCCGCCCCAGCCCCCCCGGCUCCGCCCGCCGUGGCCGCGGCCCCGCCCAGCCCGGCGGCCGCCCAGCCCGAGAGGGAGGGCGCUCGGCGAGGAGGCCGCUUCGGCCUGACCAAGGAGGUGCUGUCGGCCCACACGCAGCAGGAGGAGCAGGCCUUCCUCUGCCGCUUCCGAGACCUCAGCCAGCUGAGGGUGUUCGACCCCGCCUCUGCCCUGCGCUGCCCGCCCACCGCCACCAGUCCCUUAGCCAGUGGGGCACGUUGUUCCCGUGACUACCCAGCAGCAGGGGGCAGUAGUGGCCGGCGGCGUGGCCGGGGAGGCAAGAGGCUGAAGCACCAGGAGAGCAGCGACCAGAGAACCCCCCUCCGGGGCCCCAGCGCCGCCAACGCAUGCCCCCCCACCUCCACCUACCCCCUGCCCCUGCCCAUGCCCCUGGGUGCCCCCACCACCUCCUCCUCCUGGCCCACCUCGGUGGCCUCCCAGGCCAGCCUGCCCUCGGUGCCCUACCCCCCCGGCAUGCUGCCCAUCUACCCCAUUUACCCCCCGCUCUCCCAGCCCAUGCCCGUCCCAGUCCCCGACCCCUCCCUGGCCGUGGGGCUCCGCUUCCCCGCCCUCCAGACCCCCCAAAUGGUGCCCCCCAUGAUGACCCUGGUGCUGCCCAACUACAUGUUCCCCCAGCUCAACCCCUCCAUACCCCAGAUGGCGGGGCCCAUGGCCCAGCCCGGCGCCGCCGUCAUGCCCCCGGGCCACCAGCACUUCUACAACCCCAACGCCGCCUUCCCCUUCGCCGCCCCCAUGGCCCUGCCCCUCCCCAUGCCGGCCGGCGUGCCUGUCCAGGGCCCGCGGGCCCCGUCCCGCUCCAGCACGCCGCAGUCCUGCGGCCAGGCGCAGGCCGAGCGCGAGGGCGCCGACUCGCCCCUCUUCCAGUCGCGCUGCUCCUCCCCCCUCAACCUGCUGCAGCUGGAGGAGUCGCCGAGCAACCGGCUGGAGGUCGCCACGGCGCUGGCCGCCGCGCCCUCCGCGCAAGGGGCCGGAAGCGAAGGCUCCUCCAACCAGAGGAGCUCCGAAGACCACUCCAAGGAGAACGAGAAUGGGGAGACCAACGAGUCCAACCACGACGUCAUGUCCACCUCCAGCGACCUGCUGGACCUGCUCCUCCAGGAGGACUCUCGCUCUGGCUCCGGCUCCUUGGGGACGGGGUCCUCCGGGUCCGGCUCGGGGUCCGGCUCGGGGUCCGGCUCGGGUUCCAACGGCUGCAGCUCCUCAGGCAGUGGCACCAGGAGCAGCCAGAGCAGCCACACCAGCAAGUACUUCGGCAGCAUCGACUCGUCGGAGAACGACCACUCCCGCAAGCCGCCCGCGGGGGGCGCCAGCGGCGACGAGCAGUUCAUCAAGUCGGUCCUGCAGGACCCCAUCUGGCUGCUGAUGGCCAACACCAACGACACGGUCAUGAUGACCUACCAGAUGCCCGUCAGGGACAUGGAGGCGGUGCUCCGGCAGGACCGCGAGGCCCUGCGGCCCAUGCAGAAGCACCAGCCUCGCUUCACCGAGGAGCAGAAGAGAGAGCUGAGCCAGGUGCACCCCUGGAUCCGCACGGGGCGCCUGCCCCGCACCAUCAACGUCUCGGCCUGUAUGGGGUGCAAGUCUCCCCCCCUGGCCGCCCCUUACGACGUGGAGACCCACGAGAUGGAGCUGGGCGGCGUCCUGGAGGCGACCGAAGAGGGCGCCGCUCAGGAGAAGGCCACGGCCCAGCCCGACGCCGCCAUGGACGAGGGCGAGGCCUCUCACGGCGAAACCCAAGGAAACGACCAGGAAAUGACCACAGAGGAACAGGAAGUGACCUCGCAAAAGGCGGUUGCAACUGUUAUGACCCACUGAGGAGGAGGUGGUUAGAGAAGAACGAGAACUUUGUUAGGUUUUGUUACCUUCCUACCUGGACGGCAGCCAUCUGAGAAAUGUGCACCUCGGGGUCAAAGAGUUGAACGCCACGUCGAUAUGAGGGUUUUGAUUGGUUGAGUCAGUACGAAGGUUUUAAUUGGUUCUCAGGGCAUUGAGGGUAACUGAAGUGCAUUUGUGCCGGGACAACUGCCGUUAUUUAAUCGUCCUCAUUGGCUGGCCUCCGAAUCAAUCAUCCCUCUGGGUCCAAUCAGUAACUUUUUUCUCUCUAGUAUUGUAUCUAUCAGUAUCCCUUGAUGGUCAACUCCAGCAACACAACACACUCGGUUUUUAAGAGUGAGACAUUGCAUUGUGCACAUUUUGUUGUUUUUCUUAUUUAAUUUAUUUGUAAUAUAAUGGUGAAAAACACUACAAAGAAAGACAAAGAUGUGAAAAGACAUUGAAUGUGUUUCGAAAUUGCCAAUUUAUUUAAGACGGUGUGUUUCACUGCAGUCUACACCUGUCUUGAGAUAUAUUGGGCUCUACUGUACAGUUCAGAGCCCAGUUGGGUGAACUCACAUCACAUAAAAUGGGGGAGUUCAGCUGCUAAUCCCUCCUGUUUUGAGUUUCUUUUUGUUCAAAUGUUUUCAGAUCAUGAGAAGGUAUAUUUUCUUCUCCAUCUUGUUUUCCAAUUUGUUUGGAAGUGGUUAUUUUCUUCACUUACACAAAUGCCAGUCGUUUAGACCAAAUGUACAUGAUAAACCUGGUUUACUUUUACUCUAAGCGGUAAUGUAUAUUUUUAUACUUAAAAUGACUAAAGUCGGUCCAAAAUGAAGUUGUCUAUAAACAUGACGGGUGUUUUAUUUUAUUUGAGUCAAAAGUGAUUUUUUUUUAAACAAGCUUUUGGCGGGUCUUAAGAGAGUUUGUCGAUGAAUGCUCUGGAAGAGAGUAGAGGCUGGUUGUUUCUGUGGCGACACAAUCAUGUCACUCACAACACUGAGUGACAGUUGGACUUCUGGGACUGGGUAUCCAUGGUCAGGUGACCUCAGUUCCCACUUCUCAUUGGGUGGGCAUUAUUCUGUGUGAUCUCUACAAUGAGAAAUUGUCAGACAGGAUAUGGUUCAAACUGACAACUGACAUUUAUGCAAGGAUUCUGGUUGGACAAUCCCACAAGGCUUGGAAGUAUGGACGCUCUGAUUGGCUGCUUUAUGGGCAGUUGAAUCACAUUGGUUGAAAGAAGUUCGAACAACAGGAAACACGGAAGUUGCAGCACCAAGAGAGCUUCAACAGUAUUUUUCUCUUUGUCUCUCCCCUCUUCACUGUGGCACUGUUACUGGUGAUGUAUCAUUCUCCUUUGUCCAGUCGGUGGUUUCUGCAACAGUUUGUAAUUAUUUUUGUGAAUUUCUUUGUAUAAAAAUGGACAAAAUAAAAUGAAAUGAAAUAUU